AUGGCAACACCGCCCAAGAAGGCCCACCUAGCCCUCAAUACGACCGACGGUAGCAAUGAAGCCGAAGGAAUCCGCCAGGCGCAACUUGGUAUGGGCCACGCCACCAGCAAUGAGUCGAAAGCGCCUGUGUUUUCGCGGUCACAGAGGCUGCGGCAGUCGCACACAGCGGCCAUCAAUGCGGCUACGGGGGAUGCGGAGUGGAGAUUUAAUCUGGAAGAAAUAUCGCACGAACUGCCCCGUGGCCAAAUCACCAAGGCUUUGUUCGAACUGGAGCAGUACAUUCGUGACGGUUUGAGCGAGCGCAAGUCACUUGGGAGCUACACACACACAUCUGAAGUCCUCCCGCGCGUGGGUUCGUAUGUCUUGGAGCUCUUCCUCGAGGCAGAGUGGCUGUGUUUGUCCCGCGGCCUGUCCAGCGCCUGCAUCUCCGUUCUGCGCACUCUGGAUGCCGCCGCACUCGCCGCACUCAUACAGCAAUCGCUGGCGAGCCGGGAAGAACCCAGAGCCAGGGAUGGACUGCACCGUAAGGUCUCCGACUUACAUGCCCUGGCCAGCACCGAAGGGCUGCUCAAGCUCAUGGGUGACGACGCGCUCCGGCUGUGCGUCAGGCUGGUGUCAGAGGUGGGAUUCGAAACCCACAAAAACCCCGAAUCGGCUGGGAUAGUGUCCGCGAGCGACGUGGUGAGCUACCACAAGAGCAGGAUUUCAGCCCUGAAGGCCCUCAACCUGCUCGUGCUCAACCGUGGGCCCCAGUCUCCCUGUAUAUGGCGGGAUGAGCCCGAGUUCGUGUAUAUCACCAACGCGCUGCGCGAGAUAUUGCGAGUGCUGGGAAACCCGUCUUCGGACAGAGACGUGCUGUGCCAGUGCGGCGUAUCGGCCAUCGCCCUGGCCCACGCUGCGUACUAUGCGGACGACUCGAAACGCUUUGAGGAUGUGAUUUACGGCUUUUUGGGCGCGCAUGACAAGAUGGCGAGAAAGUUCCAGGGUGACGAGGGCCAGUGUCUGAUGUCUGACGACGCUGUGCUCGGUGCGUGCGAGUUAGGCGACCCGGAGCAGCUUGUGAACCUGCUCAUCUCACUGCCAAGCUUAGGCUGCCUCUCGGUGGUUCGAGGAAUUUUGAGCUUCAUCUACAGCGGCGUGAGCAAGAGCGGUGCUCAGAGGGACACCGCAGGCGGUAACGAGGUGGCACAGCAUGACAAUUCCGCCACCCUACACGAACCUGAAUCGUGUGCGUACAACGACGAAUUCGUCGUGGAAUCGCUCUGCCGCUGCCACAAGGUUUUCAAGAUUGCCACGGACACCUGCCUCCGUGUGGAUGUCAACUACGCCACCCUACAAGGUGUACAGCUGAUGAUGUCCUUCAUCACCGGGCAGACGUUCCGUUGCGAGAAACUGUUUGCGUGUUUGUCUGAGCUGCCGGAGCUCAUCUUCACGUUCUGGACCCGCAAAGUGAGGCGAGUGUCGAACCUCGCAGUGGCGACCUGGAGCAAGCUCAUGGAGCUCAGCUUCGCCCUCGAGAAGACCGUGGGCGACCCUACCAUAACCAAGUACACCCAGACCCUGAUAAAGGCCUCGACCGCUUCAUUCGGCAGCAACCUGAAGCUGAGGUACCUGGCGCUGCAGAACUUGCUGAAGUAUGUGGGCCCCGAAGAGAUUUUGCGGAUGCAACCGUUCCUGAUCCCGCACCUGCUGUGCUCCCUCGGCGUCCCGGCAAUCAAGGGGUGCUCGACCGUGUUCCUCACCGAACUGCUGACGAGGAUUUUUGAGCUGAUCCAGAGCAGCUGCAGGGCGCACGGCGUGGCUGCUGCCGAUGAGCGCAAUGUGGCGUUGGUGGCUCUGCAGUGCCUCACUUACCCGACGGUAAUAGCGGUGUUACACUCGAGGCAGCUGGCCAUUCCGUCUCCCGCCAAUGGCAGGCUGGUGCCCACGCAGAACGCCUCUAGCGAGCAACUGGAGAACCGCGCGUGUGCCCUCGCCGACUCUUUCAAAAGCGUGUUCGGCAAAAUCAACAAGGACUACGUCUUCGAGAUGCUCAGGCUGUCCACCACCCACACCAAGUGCAACUUCCACAAGUACCUCAGCAGAGCGGACCAGGACGCUCUUGGCGAAUGCGGGGUAUACGUCGUGAAAGACCUCGGGGACCUGAACGCCUGCAUUUCCGAUAUACUCGCACGUGUCACUACCGUAUCGCACGCUGAUGCGGACGAGCGGAUUGUGCAUCUGGCGGCGCCUUUCAACUUCGCCGAAAGCAUGUGCCUUUGUAACGCCAGGGCCCUCAACAGCGUGGAUUUCGUCGAAAACAUAACUCUGGGCACCAGGCUGCAGGGGCUCAUCAUCAACGACUCGCCCGGGGUCUUCAAGUUCGACAUGGAGACCCUCGAGAGCUUCCCGCAGGUCAAGCUGUUCUACAUCCCCCUCGAGAAGGUGAAGGAGGGGCUGACGCACAUCAAGAGCGACCUGUGCCUGAACGUCGUCAAGGCAGUUGCGUGCUCUCCGAAGAAGAAGGAGCCGAUAAGCCGUCUGGAGAUGGAACUGAUGCUGUACGCGCUGCAGCACUGCAUGAGGACCUCGCUGCCCUCUUUCAGGCAGCACUUCGUGGCGGCGGUCAAACCGUUCAUCCAGCGGCUGCUGGCCAUUGUCACUGCGUCUCCUGCGCUGCUGGAAGAAACGCUAUCUCGCGGCGUGGAUCUUGCCCGUCUCGAAAACGAUAAGCUGGUGUUACAGGCGGGCGCCAGUGCCAGCAAUGGCGGCGCGGCAUCACCGGGUGACGUCAGGGGAACCGUUGCGCUGCACUGCGCCUACAUGAAACUCAUGAUGAGGGUGAUGGUGGCGACCAUCAACCCCUGCGCCAGCGAUUUCAAAAACACCACCGCGCUGGAGCUGCUGCACAUGACCUUCCACAUGCUCGCGGAGGCUGGGGCGUCCGUUGUCAACAUGACUUCGCUCUUCUGCGUGGACAUCAUCGCGCCGCUCUACAUGGCCCUGUUCUACAUGUCGACGCGCCAGCAGGAGCUGAUAAUGAAGACCCUGCUGGUGGUGCCGUCGUCGCUGUUGCGGCAGGCGCUCACAGUCUACCACGGAGAGGGCACGCUGCAGUACAUGGUUAAGAAGGCAGCGGCUUCCUUGUGGAGCGUGAAGACCGUGCCCUACAUGGCCGGCGCUAAGGCGCUUACGCUGCUGCUCAGGGGACUACAGUUCAGCCAAAGUGUCAAGACGGCACUUGGCACUGGCGACCUGUACGCCGCAGUCCACGUGGACGAACCAGGGGAGCCCGAAACGGAACACGAGGCCGUUUUGUGCGUUCUCGAAUUCUUCUCGCAGCGUCUGAAACGGGUCUGCGAUAGCUUGGACGUCCACAUCAACGUGAAUGACGCGGAGAGGGCGUCGUGCCCCGCUGGGCUGCUCUCUCUGCUCUCCCACUACAUGAGCUCCACACCGGUGCAUGUCUACUCGAAGGUGGUCAACACCACCCGCUUCUCCGACAUCGUCGGCGCCUUGUACGAGAACCUGAAACGAAUCGCAAGCCACAUCCUCAAAUAUGUAGGCAGGGAAUACGGCCAGGAGGAGGGCAGCAGCAAGGACUACAAAAUCGAUUGCAGGGGCCACCUCGUCACCCAGCAUCGUACCUAUGACUUCACGUGCACCGCCGAAUUGGAGAAGAACUAUCUGGACUGCACCGUCUGCUCGGGCGACUUCAAAUGCACCGAACUGAGGUUGCCGUCCACGCCGAAGUGCUCGGUCCCCGACGACAGCAACCUCCGGCCGUUCACCGUGCUGUGUUGGAAGAGCGUGUUCGAAUUCUGCAAUGCGAUGCGGUCCAUGCUGCAGUGGAUUCUGCCGCAGACUGUCAACGGCGCGAUCGCGCUUGACGUCAUAAGGAGCGCCGAGGGCGAGGACCCCGGCACCAACAUCCCGCUGUUCUACGACAGGAUCGACGACAUCGGGCGUUACCUGAUAGAAGCGCUCAUGUCGUGCCGCCACUUCGGUUGCACCGACGCCUUCGGCGACCUCAUGACGUGGAUAUGCAAGAAGCUGGUCAUCCUCGGGCUGCACCGCCCGCUCAAGGAGUGGCUGACCGUGCUGCUCGAUCUGAUAAAGGGGUACACCGGCAGCGACCGGCAGUACGCCGAGCUGUUCGUCAUGCUGCGCGACUCUCACAGGAGGUCGGAACCCAUCGCACGUUCGUUCACCUCGAUCCUCAAGGCCGAGAGCGACAGGCACAAGCCGAUCCUGCUGCCGCUGGUGGUGGACACGCUGCUCCAGCUGACGAGCACCGAACGCCCGCUGUACGGCGACUCUGACAACGAUUUCACCGCCGUUGACAUCCGCAUCCACUCCCUCAACAUCCUGUGCGCCCUCUUCCGGUGCAAGGAGCUUCGGUGGUCCAACAACAUCCACGCGGGCAGCGCGCUGUGCGCCAGCCUCCGCAACAUGGCCCACGGCGAUUGGUCGGUGCGCAACUCCGCGUCGCUCCUGUUCUCCUCGGUGCUCCACCACCUCGCGGGGAGCGACGUCAACCUCGCAUCCACCGACGCCCUGCUCGACCAAAAGCUGUCCCUGUGCAACAACGCCGAGCUCUCCAAUCAGCUGAACCGGAUCCUGGUUUCAGUCAAGGAGAUGACCGUGUACAGCUCGGAAAGCUAUGAGGACCUCAACCCGACGCCAGAGUACUCUGCUCUUUACCAGAGCUCGGCGUUCGUGUUCAACUUCCUGAGCAGGAUCCCCAUGUACUCGUUCCCGCCGGACGUGGCGUUCACGCUGUCGGAGAACGUCGCCGCCAUGCUGUACUCCACAAACGCGUCAAUUCGUGUCAUGGCUGCCAAGAUCCUCGCCAAAAACUGCAUGGACACCUCCCAGAUGAACAUACGCACGCUGCUGGUGCAGAGCUGCGUGUGCAUUCUGGAGGAAGCUGGGCGCAGCAACCACGUCAACGGGCGGCUGAUGCUCAUAACGGAAUGCCUCGAGCUCAUGAUCGCUAACGGGUUACACGACGUCUGGGGCCCGUCGACAAGCGAAGAAAACACCCUGCACCAGCUCGCGGAGGUAGAAAGGCUAAUCUCCACCGGAUUCAUAAAGAAUCUGAUCAGCGUUGUGAACGCAAAGACCCCGGCUGAGGGCCUGCUGAUCACCAUGUACGCCGUGCUGAUAACCGCCAACUGCUUCGAAAACGUGCUCCAGGUCAUCAUUAUCAUCGAAAAGAUGUGCCUGUUGCACGGCAAGGCAGCCGAUUUCGACGAGAUGGCAUCGUAUGUGCAGCCUUCAUCCUCGCUGGAAACCUCACGGAUGCUCCACUGCAGCGCCGUGCUGGCGCUGGCGGCCUCUUACCUCAUAGGUGAGGACGUGCACCAGCAGUGCAUCGCAACCAUACGGACGAUGCCACGGCACGUACCAAUGCGGAACGUCAAGCUGGAGUCGUUGUUGAGGGCGUUCCCCGGUGUCACGGUUGACGGCAUGACCAAGGUCAGGGCCGCCUCGGCGCUCGUGAACUCCACCUUCCUGCUCAGCAAGGCGGCGCCGCCGGUAAACGGCAAACUGGAGGCCGAUUUCACGUCGUUUGUGCAAUUCAUUGCGCACCUGUUGCUCGCGCUGCAUGGCAUGACAUCGCAUCAACGGGCCCUGGAGGCCGCGCUGGGUCGAGUGGCACACCUCUUGGAGCAUCCGCAGCUGCUUCGCUGCAAGCCCGAGGGCCUCGCUCGGCUGUGGGAGGUUGGUAUGCACAUCUUGUCCACCGAAUCGCAUUUCUUCAUUUGUAUUUCGACGCUGCGUCUCUUCAAUGCCAUAGGGCAACAACACCUCCGUGAGCACACCGCCGCCAACGGCCUUUUCGACGAGCGGUGGGCUGCGAAGUUCUUGUCCGUCGCGACCGAACGCAUGAUGUACAACUCCGAUUACGUGGUCGAGGCGUGGAAGGGCUGCCACCUCUACGCCCUGCUCAGGCAGGGCAGCCAGCCGGUUGACGCGAGGAUAGUGCAGCUCGGGGCUGGCAUGUUGCUGAAGAUGGUCGACCCCGGCACCGACGUCGCCGUCCGGACCGCAGCCGCGCACUUUUUGGAGGAGCACGGGAUCCCCCGAUUGCAGCGGGGCCCCGAGGCGCAAGGCGCCACGGGAAUGUAUGGCCUGCACGCGAUUGUGGCGCUGUUCGUGAUGCUACAAGACGAAACUGAAAACGUGCGCGCCAUGGCCGUGUCUGCGUGCUCCAAAACGCUAGCCGCCAUGGACGGAAGCCACAUGUCCUCCAUGAAGGCGCACUUGUGCAUGGAGCAUCUGCUGCAGUACGCGCUGGACACGGUACCGGUGGCGUGGCUUGUACGCCUGUUCGAGCAGCUCACGAUGCUGAACAAGGACCUGUACAACCAAAUCAACUACAAGCUUGAACUGCAGCAGCAGAGCGUCCAGAGGCAGCGCCUGUGCCUCACCACGUCCGAGAUCGACUCCACGGCAGGGGAGGCCGUGUCGGACAUCACGACGCUGGCGGAAAUGGACACCGUGUUCAACGUGGAGCCGCAGAACAUGUACACGGAGACCCUGUUGUACAUGGUUAACGUGGACCGCCUGCUUUGCAGGCUGGCGAGCGCUUGCGUCGCCGGCAGCAGCCCUCCCACCGCACACGCCGACAAGCUGGCGACGCUGCACCAAUUCCUGGAUGACAACAGCAAUCGCAUUCUGCGCACCUUGACAGGCCACUUACUCGACAACUACGAGGUAAGUCAAUCCCUCUACUUAUCGCAUGGCACUCAGAUCGACAUCAAGCAGGUACCACAUGCGGCGGCACUCGCACUGGUUGCCGACCCGCUGGUCGUGUCAUGCGGUGUGGCCGGGUUCGCAAGGUCGUGCCUGUACGUCCUGUGGCCGGCGACGGAUGGCGCAAACGGCCAUGUUAGCGCGAUGUGCGGCGGCCAUUGGGAACGUGUCAACACGUUCAGGCAGGUCCUCGCACUGGCGGGGAAGGUAUGGAACGCCCAGGUCACUGAGGUCGGCGGUAUGAUUGAAAGGAUCAGAAGUUCGGGCAAAUGCGAUAAACGCGACACCGUUGCGGUGCUUGAGAAACUCGCGCAGUUCCUCAGCCUAUUCUAG